AUGGAAGCCAUUGCUCAAAUUCUGCAAGAUAUCCGUGAUUACUGGGCUGAUCAUUUCUCUCGCAGAUUUUACCCCAGAAGGCCUCCACUGCGACAAUAUACCUCUUUGUCUACUUUCUACCUCUUGGACUACAAAAAGAGGCAAACGGAAUUGGGAAUGGAUUAUGGCCAUCCAUGUGCUCAGCUGAGCAAAACAAAGUUUGUCUUCCAGGAGGGUGAGUGGCAGGGCAACAGUGUUUCCCAGCAAAUGCCCUUACUGCAGUUACUUUCUUCUCCUAACAAAGAAUCGUCUUACAAGAGACUGAAGAAAGAGAACAAAGCCUUAUUGGAGGAGAAUAAUUAUUUGAAGCUACAGCUUGAGCUGCUGAUGGACAUGCUGACAGAGACCACAGCCCGACUCCAUACAGUAGAGAAAAGGCUGGAUGCAACCCCUUGGCAUCCUAAGAUAAAAAAGAAAAAUGAGGUACUGAUGCUUCGGUCUUAA